AUGAAGAAUGCAAUUUACGCUGAAUCCUCAAGUCCCUCUUCGUUGUCGAAACUGCGAGGCCUCACCAGCGCUCAAACAGACAUCCGCUGCUCUCUUCUCUGUUUUGCCCUCAAGGUGGAGUUCCGCCGUUUGUUGAUUUCUUACCUCCGAGAAAACCGGAAAUGUGUAAAUUAUUUCCUAGACACUACAGAAUCAGAGUCAGGGGUGCUUAGAGAGCUGGAACUUGGUUGUAUUCUCUGGUGUCUGAAUAUACAUACGAGUGCAGGUCUGGAGGUGGAGAGAGCAGAGGCAGAAGCGAGACAAGAUUUUGCAAAAACCAACGAAAACCUCCUGAGGAGAAAGCUGCAAUUUGUUUUUCAAGAAAUAAACAGCGCCUACCAGCUUAAGUUUACUCUUCAGCGACUGAACGUUCUACAGGAACUGUGCAGACUGGAGAGUCGUUUCAGAGCUAUUGAAGGAGAACUGCCUGCGGGUAGCAGCAGCAUCAGCAGCAGCAGCAGCAACACGGAAGCGUGCCGAAAGGAGAUACCAAUAAAUAGGAGACAGUUUGAUAUGCUUCAGGAUGCCCGCAAUGAGUUUGAGAUAGGGUGUUGGAAUAAACUGAAACAAACAAACUGGUAUGCCUCCCUUGAGGCUUUGCUGCCCUCAUCGGCCAGCAGUUCUAGUCACUUACAGGACCCGAAACAAAUGGACUGGGCCUUGACAGCAGCAGCAGGUGGAGCAGCAGCGGAUGCUGCAGCAGCAGGUGCAUCAGCAGCUACAGCAACAGCAGCACCGGCGCUCCCUCGUCUCCCCGGCAGCUGCAACGACGGGAUUCCAGAAGCCCCCCGUACAGAUCAGCAAGGCGCUCCUGUUGCAGGUCCGGAUGCCCCUGCUCAGGUGUCUAGGCACCUAUUCAAGUUGUGGGGUUGUUGCACAAAUCCGAAGAGCAACAGUAUGCAAGAAGCGGCUGACGGUACCAUGGAUUUGCCUUCUUUCCCUUCUCCAGAGCGCACACCAGCAGCACCAGCAGCACAAGCACCAGCACCCGAAGAAGCAAUAGCAGACGAGGCAACGGUUCCUGAAAUAGAAGCAGCUGUAGAACCUGCAGCAGCAGGAGAUGCUGCGACAGCAAGGGGUUGUCUUGGCAGCUGGACUUUGAAGCAAGAAGAGCCGAAGCCUCUUGUAAGAUCGGAAAGGGGAAAGGCCCUAAGGAAACAGGGCAACACCGGUAAAAACUGCUGCAGCUCUUCUUGCUGCAUCACCAGCACCUGCAGUAGCAGCAGCACGGGCAACGGAGGUAGCAACGUCUCUCCACAUACGUCAAAUGCAGCCACAGCCGAUAGGAGAAACGAUGGAGACAGAAAAGAACAGGAAACCGACAUAGAAAAAGAAGCAAUCUGCAACAGCAACAGGAGCAACAGUAACAGCAACAGCAGCAACAUUAACAGGAACAGCAGCAACAGUAACAGCAGCAGCAGCAACAGCGGGGUCACAGCCGCGCCUCGGGGGCGGUAUGUGGUGAAUGGGAGAGGGCGUCUAACAGCAAACAGGCAGCAGGUGCUGCAGAGACAAUGCAAAGUUGAAAAGGAAAGAGGAAGAGAAGAGCAAGAAAAACAUACAGCGAGACUGCAGACACAAAGCAGCAGGUCCAGCAGCAGCAGCCGGAAGCUUGCCGCCUUGCAUUGUGCUCAAUUGCGCGCAGCAACAGCACCAGAAGAAACAGCAGCAGAAGCACCGGCAGAAUCUGUGGGGUGGAAGCAGCAAGCAACCAGUGCAGGUAGCAAAGAAGCUCAAGCGCCGCGGCAUGCAAAUGUGUCUGCUGGACUGCAGCAAAGUGACAACAGCGCCAAGCAGCCUCAGAGACUUCCAACUCCUUUGUCCCUGAGAGAGCCUCAUGCUGCUGCAACGCAGCCUGCUGCUGCUCACGGUGCAAGCACACCAUCAUCCUUCCAAUCUACCCUGCAAACAACACCACGGAAUCGGCAGCACCUCCAGCAGCUACGGGAGGAGGAGGAGGAGCGACAGCAGCAGCAGCGCAUCGCCUCGCCUCCUCCCCUCACUCUUCCUAAACCCCCCCUACAUCCACCAGAACUGCAUCACAGACUAUCACCUGGGCAGCAGCACCAGCAACGGCAGCAGCCCCAGAAACCGCUGCAGCCCCAGCAACCGCAGCACCUACAAGUGACGCCGCGCCCUUGGCCUGUGCAUAAUGAGGGGCUCUCUGCUCCGGUGGAUUUGCGUGGCAAUGCCCCCUUAAUCUUCAUGACUGAUAUGCAGCAACAUAAACAGCACCAGCCGCUUGUGUUUGCUGCAAGUGAUAUUCAGCACCACACGUGCCCAACCAUCGCGCGAGUGCUUCUGCCAAGCCCCAGGACGCCACUGUUGGUGCUGCCGCAGUCCACAGCGGUUCCUCAACAAGUGCAGCAGCAGCAACGGCUACAGCAGGAACAACUACAGCAACAGCUACACCUCCACCAGCAGCACCAGCUAGGUAAACAGCAGCAGCUACUGCAGCAGCAGCAGCAGCAGUUACAGCAGCAUCAGCAGCUACAGCAGUCCCAUCAGGAUCACCUGCACCAGCACCAACAGCAGCAGCUACAUACAACAAUGACUCCGCAGCAACAAGCUGAUGCUUCUACACAGCAGCACCAUCUUUUCCACACCACCCACUCUCUCCACCUGCAGAAGCAAAGCCACAAACAGCAGCAGCAGCAGUCAAUGCCAGACAAAUUGAUGAAAGAGAGGCAACAUGGGCUAGUCGAUGCUACACCGGGAGCAAAUUGGCAGUGGAACUGGCCGCCCGAGGCUCACACGCAGCAGCAACAAGAACUGCAACUACACCAAGAACAGCAACAGGAGCAGGAAUUGCAGAAGCAUGAAUCGCAGAGGCACCAGCAGAAUCAGGACUUGCAACAGGGUCUGCAGCAUGAAGUGCAGCAGCAACAGCAGUUGCAACAGCAGCAGCGGCAACAACAACAGGAGCAGCAUCAACAGCUGCAGCAUCAAUUGCCGGAGCAUCAUCAGCAACAACAGCUGCAGCAUCAACCGGUGCAGCAACAACAGCUGCAACAACAACAGCUGCAGCCACAACAGCUGCAGCCACAACAGCUACAGCAACAGCACAAUCGUAACCUCAUGGAGGAGGUGCCACCUCAACCCCUCAGUCUGGCAUGGCAACAGAAACAGGACUUGCAACAGCAGAAACAAGAGUUGAACCCGCACCAGGGGCCACAGCAGCAGCGGGAGCGGCAGAAUCUCCAAUUACCACAGCAGCAGGAGGUGCACCAGUUGCACCAGCAGCAGCAGCAUAUGCUGCAGCACCAAGAUAUGUUGCGGAAGCAGCACGAACUGCAGCAACCAAAGCCAGAGCCGCACAAACCACCGGCGUUGCAGCAGCACGUUCAGCAGCAGAUGGAAGGAAGUAUUCGAGCGCAUUAUACUGAAGGUCUCGAGUGUGAGGCCGUCACCCAGCAGUGCAUGCCGGCACAAGCCAGACCCCAUAACACGGGUUACGGUUUAAGUAAGCCGCCUAACGGAUUUACAGCAGCACGCGCAGCAGCAGCAGCAACAGCGGCAGCGAUAGCAGCAGCGACAGCAGCGAUCAAAGGCGGCCCCCAAACAGUUGGGUUGUAUGCAGGCCAACAAACGCAUACCACAAACGGGCAGGGCACAGCAGUGGAGCAGCAGCAGCAGCGACCGCUUCUGCAGCAACAGCCCGAAGUGCCAACCCCCGGAAGCCCAGAAGAGAUCCCACAGGAGACAGACACGAAUGGUCUAUCACAGCAGCAGCAGCAGCACCUGUUGUUGCAGCAAGAGCAACAGAAUGUUCCACAACUGACGAGCGCCUUGCAACAGAGGGGCGCACCGAGAACAGGAGCAGCAGCAAGGGUUGGUGUUGCGGCAUCAACCGCCUCCCCGUUCCUGGCUGCUUCUGAAAUGGAGAACCGCAGAGCGGCAUUUCCUGCUGCUGCUGCUGCUGCAUCUCCCACUGGAGCGGCAGCUACUGCUUCUCCCUGUGCACAAGUGCACCUCCAGCCCAGACUAGCCCCUGUUUGGAUGCCUCAUCAGCUGGCUCUGCAUCAGCAGCAGCAGCAACAACAGCAGCUGCUGCUGCCGACAGUCCGUCUCACUACAUUGCCUCCGCAACUCUCUGGGCCUUUACUGGUCUCACCUGGGGGGCCAGAUGCUCAUCCUCAGCUGCUCCUGCAGGUAAUGGGGAACAGCUCAGGCUGGGGUGUACGUACACCUCAGCACCCGUCGCAUUGUGUAUAA